CAAAGACCUCUUCUCAUUUGUCCCACAUCCAAAUAUCAACUCAUCUUCUCCAACAAGAAUCAUCAAAACUCAAUCAAACAAACCAAAAAAAAAAAAAACAUAGAAACAAAAGAAUCAAAAUCAAAGAGAUGACAAAAGUUCACCCAAAAUUCCCAAACACAUGCGAGGAGAGUUUUUCCGAUAGUAAAGCAGCCGUCGUUUUAACGGUGUGGAAAAAGUCACUUCUCUUCAACUGCGACGGAUUCACAGUUUACAACUCCAAUGGAGAUCUUGUCUUUAGAGUCGACAACUACAUGAAUUCUCCUAAAGAUAACAUCGUCCUCAUGGACGCUUCCGGCUUACCUCUCCUCUCCAUCCGCCGUAAGAAGUUGAGCCUAGGAGAUUGCUGGAUGGUAUUCGAUGGAGAAACAGAGAGAGAUCCAAUAUUUACGGCAAGAAAGAACGUGAACAUAAUGACAAACAGAAGGAGCUUGGUGUGGGUUAGCAUGAAGAAGACGGUAUUGUACGAGAUAGAAGGAUCCUACGGUCAGAGAAGCUGCAAGAUAUUGGAUGAGAGGAGGAACAAGAAGAAAGCAGCGGAGAUCAAGAGAAAAGAAGCAAUGGUUGGAGGAGUUGCUUUUGGAAAAGAUGUUUUUAAACUUAUAGUUGAAUCGGAGAUGGAACCUCGUGUGGCCAUGGCAUUCACCAUCAUCCUCGACCAAAUGUUUCGAUCUUAUUGAUAUUUCCAUUUUCAAGCUUUAAUUUGUAAGUAUAUAUAUAUAUUAUUAGUUCCCUUUUUGCUAUGAAAUUUAUGCAUGUGUUCUUCUUAUAUGUAUACACAUGAAACAGAGAGAAACUUUUGUUUU